AUGCCGUUGAGAAUCUCUGCACUGAUAUCGGAGACGCCCAUCCGCUGCCAGGACAUCUUUAAAACCCUGCCGUCCGAUCACAAGCCCAUCAGGGUGGUGCUGACCACCGGCGUGGCUGGUGUGGGCAAGACCUUCUCAGUCCUGAAGUUCUGUCUGGACUGGGCCCAAGGUUCAGAGAACCAGGAUCUGGAGCUGGUGGUGCCUCUGUCCUUUAGGGAGCUGAACCUGGCGAGCAGGAAGCGCUACAGUCUGCUGAAGCUCAUAAAGGUGUUCUACCCCUCCCUGCACUCUCUCUCCGCUCAGACUCUGCUCCACGGUAAAGUCCUGUUUAUCUUUGACGGCCUGGACGAGAGCCGUCUGCGUCUGCACUUCAGAUGUGAGGUCAUCUCUGACGUCACGCAGGAGUCAGACAUCGGCACGCUGCUGGUGAACCUCAUCAAGAAGAAACUGCUUCCUGAUGCUCUUGUUUGGAUCACCUCUCGCCCGGCAGCGGCCGAUCAGAUUCCUGCGAGCCGCGUACAUCGUCAGACUGAAGUGCGGGGGUUCAGAGACUCUCAGAAGGAGGAGUACUUCACAAAGAGGUUCUCAGACGAGCAGCAGCGUCAGAAGGUCCUGUCCCAUGUGACUGCCUCCCACAACCUCCACUCCAUGUGCCAGAUCCCCGUCUUCUGCUGGAUCACCGCCACCGUCCUGGACCACAUGUUGAGACGUGCUCAGAGUGGAACCCUGCCCCAGACCCUCACUGACAUGUAUGCACACUUCCUCCUCGUGCAGACUCUGAGGACGCGCAAGUACAAAGCUGAGAGCGCCGCCCUCAGUGAGAGCGACUGUGAGGUCCUCUUGAAGCUGGGCAAACUGGCCUUUGACCAUCUGCACAAUGGAAACAUCAUCUUCUACCAGGAGGACCUGCUGAAGGUGGGCCUGGACCUCACCGAGGCCUCUGUGUACUCUGGACUCUGCACCGAGGUCAUCAAAGAGGAGAACAUCAUCUUUCAGAAGUCGGUCUACUGCUUCAUCCAUCUGAGCGUCCAGGAGUUUCUUGCUGCUGUCUUCAUGCUCCACUGCUUCAACUACAAAAAGACACAGGAAAUCCGGAGCUUUCUCUGUGACUGGGAAGAGGACAUGCCACUCGACGUCUUUCUCCAGAAGUCCAUGGAGAAGUCCUUUGAAAACGAAAGUGGGCGUUUGGACCUGUUUGUGCGCUUCCUUCACGGCCUCCUGCUCAAGUCGAACCAAAGGCUGCUCAGGGUUCUGCUGGGCCCAGUUCAGACGGACUCUCAGAUGAUUCAGAAGAUCACCCAGAACCUGAGGGACCGGAACACUGGAGGGAUCUCUGCCCCCGGGAGCAUCACCGUGUUCUACUGCCUGACUGAGAUGAACGACCACACGGUUCACCAGAAGAUCCUGAACCUCCUGAAGAGAGAAUUUAAAUCCAACAUCUCGUAUUUCAAUUGCACGAAUCUGGCCCACAAACUGCAGAUGCCACAGGAAGUACUAGAGGAACUGAACAUCAAGAGGUUCAGCACAAUGCCUGAUGGGAAAUGGAAACUGACACCACCAGAUACCUGCAGAGAAGCCACGAUUUUGUGGAGCGGUCUGUCUCGGGAGCACGCCGCUGUCAUUGGCUCUGCUCUGAAGUCUUGGUCUCCUCUGAGGAGUCUGGACCUUUGGCUGCGCGACCGUGGAGCUCUGGAGGAGUUCUGUGAAGGACUGAAGGACCCACGCUGCCGACUGGAGACUCUCAGGCUGCACCACAGCCGUCUGUCGGAGGCCAGCUGUCUCUGUUUGGCGUCUGCGCUGAAGUCAAACCCGUCACACCUGAGAACCCUGGACCUGAGCUGGAACGAGGAGCUGCAGGACCCCGGGGUGCUGCAGAUCUGCUCCUACCUGCAGAGUCCAGACUGUCGCCUCCACGAACUCGAGCUGGAGAACUGCAGGCUGGGGGAGGGCAGCUGCAGGGCCCUGUGCUCUGCUCUGACGUCCAACCCGUCUCACCUGAGAAAGCUGGACAUGACGGAGAACCAGCUGAGCGACGCUGGACUGGAGCAUUUCUGUGAAGUUCUGAAGAUGCCUCACCUCCAGCUGGAACGUCUGGGGCUGGAUAACUGUGGCCUCUCCGAGAUCAGCUGCUCUUCUCUGGCCAAAGCUCUGAGCUCAAACCCACAGUCCAGGCUGAAGGAACUGGACCUGAGCGUGAACGGCGUGAAGGACUCGGGGGUGGAGCUUCUGUGUGAAUACCUGAGGACGCCACACUGCCACCUGGAGGUCAUCAAGUUGAAGAGGUGUGAGUUGUCUGACCGGGGCUGUUCUCUUCUGGCGUCUUCGAUGAACGUUCACGUGAAGGAGCUCAGACUGAACUGGAACUAUGCCAUAAGAGACCAGGGGGUGGCGCAGCUGAGCAGGUUCCUCCAGAGUCUCAGCUGUGGCCUGGAGAUUCUCAGGAUCCGGAGCUGUGGCGUGUCCAGGAUCGGCUGCUCUUCUCUGCACUCGGCUCUGGAGUCCAACCCCCUGUGUCCCCUGAGAGAACUGGACGUGUGCGAGAACAACCUGACUCACAGCGACGUGGAGAAGCUCACAGAAACACUGCACAACCCAGAAUAUCGCCUGGAGGAGCUCGAAUGGGAGGAGGAUGACUGAAAUGAAAGAGAACAUUUCACGUUUCAUGAAGAGAUUUAGUUAAACGUCCGAUAUGACGCUAAACUGACUCUCGUGAGCUUUAAGCUCUAAGUGUUCUAAUGCUGUUACCUCAUCAAAACAGAACUGGAGUUGUGUUUUGUCUCCUUAUUAUUAAUCUGUCUAUAUCUCCAAAGCUCAAAAUGCUCUGUUCCACCUUGUGAUGUCAUGAAGCUGUAGUUUUCAAGUGAACAGCUCCUUUUACCUUUAGUUCAGCCGAGAUUGGCAAUUCCAGGACUGAAAUUUUCCAGACAGGGCUGUCGCGGUUGGGGGACUUCUCCUGGCUCAACAGCACGGUAUGAACCACACCAGGACUAAACCAGGUCUAAACCAGGUCUAAACCAGGUCUAAUCCUGGACUUAAGAGAGAGAGAACCCUGAGUCCGUGGAGCAGAGUGUCUGCAAAGCGUGAUCGGGCGAUGGCUGCGCAGAGCUCUGAGCCGGUCCUUUUGCCUGCGGUCACCCAACGGUUUACACAGGCGCACCUCCGAGCCCGACCCAACAGUGAGUCCUGGUUUAGUCCUGGUUCAGUCCUGGUUCAAGUCCUCCUGGUUCAGUCCUGGUUCAGUCCUGGAAUCAGUCCUAGGUUAGUCCUGGUUUAGUCUGUGUCAUUGUUUCUUCUGCUCAGUAAAUAAAGCCUGUGAAGUGAUGUCAGUCAAGUCGUGUCGGUGAAUUCGUGUUCGUACUAAAGAAAGUGAAACCGUUUCAUUUAAUUUCGUGAUUGUAAUUCUUGAAGUUGUAACUUUUCAGUUUGUAUUCUGACUGAUGCUUCAGUUUAAUUUGUGUGUGAUUUAUCACGGACACGGGCGGGUAAUGGGGGUAACGUUAACAGGUCCGGGCGGGUGCGGGCUUAACUUUGAUAAAAUCACAGGUUAACGGGCGGGUGCGGUGCUGUACUGCACGGGGGUGGGCAGGUGCAGGUCUCCAAAAAUGGACCCGUGCAGGACUCUGGGUCGGGUCACGUCGGUCACGUGCGGUGAUUGUGGUGGGCCACUUAGUGAUUCAUUUUUGCGGUUAUCGCGACAGCCCUAUAUCCAAAUGAUGAAUAGUGAAGGUGUGUGGAGUUUGAAAACACAGUGGAGCAUUUUAUUAACACAUGACAUCACGAGGUGGAACAGAGUGUUUUCUGUUUGAGAGAAGAAAAUCUGCAGGGUUUGUUUGUUUAUUUGUAGCGGCCAAAAUGGUCCAUGUCUUUGUUCUCUGUGGAGUUCUCUAAUCAGCACCAGCAGGUGCAGCAAGUUCAUGAGGAACAUUGUUCUGUCUGAUGCACGUUUACGUUUCAGAGCUUCACUGCCUCGACAACACGUGAGACUGAAGCAGAUCUGCUCUUUUGAAUGUACUGACAGGAUGUAGCACUGUUAUGCAGUUUGUUUUGUUUCCAUUGAAAAUGAGCACAUUUAAGUGUAAUAUUUUCUUAACUAAGACGUGCAGCUUGUGGUGUUGUGUUGAUGGAGGUUAAGGACUUUUGGACUGUGUGAUUUGAGCCGUUUGUUUUUCCUGUAUCCAUGGAGACCACACAGAUAGAAAUGUUAAUGACGUUGUUACAGACUUUUUAUACCAAAUGUGGAAAAAUGUUCCAGAGAGAAUUUUCCGUCUCAUCAUGGACCAAAACAACAGAGAGGAAUGAGACUUAGAAGAGGCCGUCCUGUUGUGUGCCCAGAGUUCACCUGGCGCCCCCUGGAGGCUGAUGUGAUGCUGCGGGACACAGAGGAGAGACUCUUUUGUCCUGAGAGCGGUUACUCUCCUCACACUGACACAGGAUCUGACUCGACCCGUUGAGCUGCACUGAGACUUUUGUUUGAGCUUUUCUAUUAUUAUUAUAUUUUACUGCUCUGUUAAAUUAAAAAUGAUGAAAAAUAUUCUGUGACAUUUUGCCAUUUAAAGAUUUUCUUUGGUAAAGUUGCACUACGGAACUUUUCUGAUGGUUGAAUGGUUUGCCGUGUACUUUGCCUGAAAUGUUCUAAAGUGUGGUGGUCAGGUCUGUGGAGCGGCUGCCCCCCCGCUCACUGUAAAAAUGCUCGUUUUUCAAGGAUUAUCUAAGCACCAAAGACAUCAACAAAUCAAUGAAUGCCUGAUACAUUUAAAGCUGUACUGUGAAACAUUAGACAAGCACAUGUUUUUCUGUUUAUACGUGCAAUAAAAACACCCUGAAUGAAAAACGGCAA